UAAUGUGGGUGCUGCAACUGUCGUGUAAGCAUUGAUGUCGUAAGUAGAACAUGGCAAUUGUAUCGGCAAAGCUGUGCAGAUACCUUCUUCCGUUAAAUUGUUGUCUUGUGAAGUAUCACUCUAUUAACUCAAUAGCUCCAUCGCAUGCACUCCAAGAAACUGUUAAAAAUGCAGUUGAAGCCAAAGCCUACCAGGACAUUCCUGAUCUCCUCAUUUCCUUUGAACAAGCUUGCCAAAACCCCAAUCCUUUUUCGUUCUUAUCAACCUUUCCCCACAGAAUGCAAGUAGUUGAUGAGAUGUUACAGUCUUUCAUCCCCAUAAGGCCCCGCUCUCGUGCUCAGGCUGCUUAUGCAUACCUCCUGUCUUUUACUCUCCAAAGCUCCAAUCCUCUCCCUCUUGGUCUCGCGAUUCUUCAGCGCACUCUUCGCUCUGGUUGCGUCCCUGUUGCUCAAACCCGUCUUCUCCUCUCGUCUGCUUGGCUGGACUGCAGGAAGGAAUCUCGGUCUGUCUCUGACAUCCUGUUUGAGAUGCAGUCAAUUGGAUAUAACCCCGACUGUAGCACAUGCAACUACCUUAUAUCGUCUUUGUGUGCUGUUGAUCAGUUGGAUGAGGCUGUUAAGGUCUUGAAGGGCAUGAGUAAGGCUGGGUGUGUUCCUGAUUUGGAGAGUUUUGACACAGUAGUCGGUGCAAUGUGCACGGUCAGAAAAACUUCUGAGGCAUUGGAUAUGAUACAGAAAAUGGUGGAGAAAGUUGGGUUGACACCGAGGCAGGGGACUAUUGUGAAAGUAGCAUCAGCAUUGCGAGCAAACAAAGAGAUAUGGAGAGCAGUUGAACUGAUUGAGUUCUUAGAGAGGAAGGAUUACCCUGUCGGUUUUGAGAGCUAUGAUUUGGUGGUUAAAGGCUGCUUGGAUUCUGGUGAGAAUAUUUUGGCAGGGAAACUGGUCAUGGGGAUGACAGAGAAAGGUUUCGUACCAUAUAUCAGGACCAGGCACAAGGUUGUGGAGAGGUUGGCUGGUGCUGGUGAGUGGAAAUUGGCUAAUGCUGUGAGACAAAGAUUUUCAGAAUUGAGGUCUUAGCACGUUCUCCAUCUUCCUUGAGUCCAUGGAUUCUUUGCAUAUAAGGGAGCUGGUUUUCAGCAGGAUAUACAUGUAUUGCACCUUAAUUUUGAGGCCAAUGUUCCUUCAUGCUGCCACUCAGCUUCACAAAAGUCUGGUGAUAUAUGAGUAGACUUUGAUAUUAGAAGUGGCGAGAACAACCCCUAGAAUCCUACGACAUUGUAAGUUAAUUUGAUCGGAUUGCUGAACUAGCAAACUGGGUAUUACAGAUAAAGAAAUGCAUGUUCAAGGAUUUUCACUCCCAAGUUAAACUUCUAGAGUGUCUCACUAUCAAAGCAACUUUCAACAGAGCUUUGAUGUUGAAUCCAUAUUCGGAAUAUCGGUUUCACAAUUCGUUCAACCGGGUUUAAAUCUCUACAAUCUGUAAGAAUUCAUGGUGGUCAGGUUGGGGUCAGUUGUGGACUAGCAACAAGAUAGAGAUUGUGAAUUUUAUAUGAGGAGGAGUCUGUGGAGCCUGCAAAAAGGCUCUCAUGUCUACUACAAGCAAUGUUGGGUUUUGUUAUUGUCAAGUAUGGCAAGGUUAUUAGUGAACGCUUUCACCAUAAAGCUGGAUAGAGGUUCUUGAUAUGAUUCUGGCGAUGUGGCUGAGGAUGCAACAGCAUAUGUGAACUUGGAACCAUAUAAUCACUGCUGUAGAAGUUGUACGUUGUUAAUGU